CAGUCAAAUCACUUCACUUCUGUCAAAUUUACGAACGCGUUAUGCGCGUCGGUCCGCGCUCGAUUAAUUAAUUAUCUUAUAAGCAUAAAAGAAAAUACAAACCAGCGUCUUGUUUUCACUUUUAUUUGUAUUUUAUUUUCAUGUGUACGUUUGAAGCUGCUGCGGCGAAUUCCGAAUUUGGUGUUAAAACAGCGUGAGGUGAUUCUGCAGUGUGAUCGGGGAUUGUUUUCAUUGUGAAGAGUUGAAGUCUUAUUGGAUACCAUGCCGACGAGUGCGGUGUACCAGCCGACGACGGUGACGUACGAGCAGCAGCCGAACGACCAGCGUUGGAACUGCCCCAUCAGUUACUUCUCGCGGCGGGUGACAAGUAGCCUGAACAGGGCAGUUUGUGUGCGCCUUGGACUGUGUUUGCUGGGGAGCACGCUUUUCAUUAUUGGACUGGCGCUGGUGAUAGCGGGCGGCGUGCAGUACUCCAACACGCCGGCGUCGGCGACGCCGGACGUCGACAGCGGCGUCGGUACCCUCAUCGCGGGCGGCGUUAUCCUGUGCCUCGGCCUACUCUUUGCCGGUGUCGGUGGCUGGGCCUGGUCAGCAAGAUGGGGCGGCGGCAAGGAGAUGCCAUCAAGCGGUGCAGCCGGACUGACCGCUCUGAACCCGUCCACGGACCCGCUAGUCGCCGAGCAGUACGCGCCCGUGCGCGACGCGCCGCCUGCGCCCGACGACGAAAUGCGCAACCUCAUGGACAACAAGGACUGCUUGAGCAGCGCGGAGGAGAGCGAUAAAAUGUUGGACGGACGCCCCUCUAUCGCGUAAAGCCACGGCAAUCCGCCCCGCCUAAGCUACCCUGCGAACUCUUA